CAGGCGAACCAUCCAACAACACUACCAGCAAUGAAAGCCUCUCUGAGCAGCAGACUGUGGACCUGACUUUAUUCUUUGAAGCCGUGGCUACAGGCAACAUGGAGACUGUUAAGAGAGAGCUGCAAGCGCAAGAAGGGGUAAAAGUCCGGGUGAAGAGCUCUAGGGAAUGGGACUUUGUGGAUGACCAGACACCAUUGCACGUGGCCAGCAGGCAUGGGCAAACUGCAGUGGCAGAGUUGCUGGUGCAACAUGGGGCUAAUUUGGAGGCAAGGGAUGGGCUGCUCCAGCAAACACCCUUGCAUAUUGCUACCAAGCAGGGACACACCGCAACUUCAGAGGUCCUGAUCCGUUUUGGUGCUGACAUCAUGGCUCAAGACAAGCUCCAGCAGACACCUUUGCAUGUAGCUGCUAACUGGGACUAUACAGGGACAUCUGAGCUUCUGAUUUAUUCUGGAGCUGACCUGAUGGCUGGAGACAAGCUCCAGCAAACACCCUUGCAUCUAGCUGCUCAUAAGGGUCAUGCAAAGACAUCUCAGCUUCUGAUUCGUUGUGGUGCAAAUGUUAAUGCCAAAGAUAAGUACCAGAGAACAUCCCUUCAUCUUGCUGCUGCCGAGGGUCACCUUGGGAUUUGCGGGCUGCUUAUCCAGUCUGGUGCUAAUGUCAUGGCCAGAGAUGUGGAACAGAAAACACCCCUUCAUCUGGCUGCUGUGAGAGGCCGCACCGAGAUUGCUGAACUUCUCCUUCAGUCUGGUGCUGAUAUCAUGGCCAAGGAUGAGGAACAACAGACCCCUUUACAUCGAGCUGCUCGCUGGGGCCACAGUGGGACUUCUGAGCUUCUGAUUCGUAACAAAGCUGAUGUUAUUGCCAAGGAUGAGAAACAAAAUACACCGCUACAUCUGGCUGCUUACCAGGGCCACUCCGAGACUUGCAGACUAUUGAUUCAUUCUGAGGCCAAUGUCAUGGCCAAGAAUUGGGAACGAGAGACACCCCUCCAUCUGGCUGCUACUCGUGGGCACACUGAGAUCUGCAUUCAUCUGAUUCGCUCUGGUGCAGAUGUCAUGGUCAAGAAUAAGGAUGGAAAGACUCCAUUAGAUUUUUCACCCGAUCAAGAGACUUGGCAUUACUGGAAGAGCCUUUACAAACAAGCAAGAAAAGAUGUGCAAGACAAGAUCUACCGUGAGUUGCUGCAGAAGUCUGGCGGGGUAAAAGUCAACAGAUGUAAGGUAUUCUUAUGUGGGAAGGAGCGCACUGGGAAAUCCACACUGAGAAAUGCUCUCACACAGGGCCUGUUUGCUGGCUUCCCAGAACUCUUGACUGAGACUGAUCACCAUGAGCCAACCCCAGGCGUUGAUAUUGGAACAUUCAAUGUUCCUGGGGUGGGAGAGGUCAGCAUGUGGGAUUUCGCAGGGCAGUCGGAAUAUGGGGUAACCCACAGUAUGCUCAUGGAUGCAGAGAACACAAUUUUCAUUGUGAUGUAUGACAUAACAGACGACAUAGAGACCCAACAAGAACAGGUCCGUUAUUGGUUGAAAUUCAUAAAGUCUUGCAGGUCUACCGGCCAACCCGAUGUCAUAUUGGUGGCCAGCCAUGGAGACAAGGUGGAGCUUAGCACAGGAGAAGGACAAGCUUUCAACAUCCUUGAGUUGAUGAAGGCUGAAUUCAAAGACCACCUCCACAUCUCAGAUGAUGUGCUACUGAUGGACUGCAGGAAGAGCCGGACACCUCAGAUGGACCAUCUCAAGAGUCUUCUUGUCAGGAUUAAGAGUGAUUUGCUAGAACAUCAACAUGAAAUUCCCAAGCUGUGUGGGGAGAUUACAAAACGUCUGCCAAUAUGGUGCAAAAGCAAGACAAGCCCAAAGUUCCCCGUAAUGAUGUGGCCUGACUACCUGGAAGCAGUGAAAGAGAUCGACCCACUUGUGAAUGAGGACUUUCUUGAGAAGUCAACAGGAUUCCUGCACAGUUUGGGAGAGGUUCUCUUUAUUUGCCCGGGCACUUGUGAUCCAAUCAUCAUCCUGAAGCCUAACUGGCUCAGCCAAGACAUACUCGGCACAAUGAUGGCACCAGAGAACUUCCCCAUUGCCCUGCAGAGAACAAGUGAAGGCUGCAUCACCAAAGCAGAAAUGCUGCGUGUAUUCCAAGAUGCUGCGGAUGUGGAUCUCCUUAUCACCCUUUUAAAAGAGGUGCUGUUGUGCCACUCCUAUGAUGGGCAGACCUUCAUUGUCCCAGGCCUGCUGACACAAACCAUGCCUCCUGAAAAGUGGCAGCCAACAAAUGAACCAAAUGUAAUCUACUUUGGGAAGCAGGUUCAGUGUGCAUGCUCAACUGACAUGUUUUCCCCCGGGUUCUUCCCCCGAGUGCAGACCUGCUUCAUGAGGGAGAUGGUGAAACGCCCGUUGAUGUGGAGGGAUGGCAUCAAAUGUGAGGACACAAAUGUGGAGGGACUGAUCAAACUAUCUGAAGAUGGUCGUUGCCUCAAUAUCUGUGUCCGAAGUGCUGAGGGUGACAGGAAGCAGUGUAGUAAGAUGCUUCAGCAUCUGGAGAAUAUCAUAGUCCAUAUGCUUGAUGAAUACAGCCCAGGAACAGGCACAGUAGAGAAGGUCCUCAGUGCUCGUGCACUGAAAGAACACAGAGAGGAUUUCUACUCCUAUGGCAAGGUGGAUAUUAGUAAAGGAACAGCAAGGGGUGGUACAGUUAUUCAUCCCAUUCUUGGGUUCACAGAACAGGUCAAUGACCUGCUGUGUGGAGAGGUUAAGGUUGACCCACUUAUCAUGCACCGAGUAAAGCUGGUCGAUUGUUUGAGGCAUAUCCAUUCAAUUGUUGACCAUCUCCUGACACAUAACAUUCUGAAUUUGGACGAAAGCGAUGUCAUCCGUGCUGAAAGAACACCCCAAGGUCGUGCGCGUAUGCUGUUGGACAUUAUAAUUGCAAAGGGGGCACAGGAGGUGUUCAUGUCAAUUCUGAGGAAAGUUCACCCUCAGGCAGCAGACAUUUUGGAGUGAUCACAGGGUCCAGGAACAAGUUAUGGGCAUUAGGAGGACAAAAGCCAACAUUUACCAAACAUAUUCCUCAAUGGACGUAGUACUGAGGAAUCUGAAUCGGCUCUGGACCCACUGCAAACAGGUGAGGUCCCAAGUGCAAAUGUGAAAUGUGACAUCAUUGGAAUUCGAUAUAUUUCAUCCUAUAAACAAAAUCAAUGAACUAAA